AUGGAGGAACCAACCCUGUUGCUGGACGCCGAUCUAGCAGACCAGUAUCGGCGCAUAUACCGUGCUCAGUUCAGAGAGGAUGUCGCCGCGGGCCGCAAGAUCCCCUUUCUGUUCCACCUGUGUCUCUGGGGCCUCUUUGUCUUCCCCGUACUCUACCUGAGUAUACCACACCGACGCCGGCCUUGGCUGUACCGCGCCCGCUGGCUCGUCCUGGCCGCCUGUGCCGCCGUCAACCUCUGGAUGGUGCGGAAUUUCUCCAGCGCCAACUUUGCCUUUGCCUACGGGACAGGCCUGAUUGCUGCUUGGGGUACGAUUUGGAAUCUUACCUUGCUGGUUUGGACGCGGCCUCAGUGGGAUGCAAAGAGGGUCGAGAGGUAUCCGAAUCCAGAGUAUAAUCGCGAUGUCAGCCAGAAGGAGAACGAGUCUGGACGACAGGCAACGUCGUCAUCUGCAGCAGUGUCAACCACCAACGGUCAUGUGACGAACGGCCACGCCUCCAACGGUCACGCAUCUCAUGGAUGUGCUGAGAUUAGGCAAAGGAAGACGCAGCUUGCCGGAAAUGACGCCAAUGGCUCCAUCCUGGAAAGUAAAACUGAGAGAUCGCAGUUCAUCUACAAGUGGCAAGAAUUUCCCGAAGGUGCCCCUUUCCUCACGAGACUGGACUGGGCGUUCGACAUUGCGACUACUAUGAGGUUGACUGGCUGGAACUGGGCGAUACAUGUGCUGCCGCCAUAUAGGCCGCCUCCUUGGAUCGAUGAAGAGAAUAGAAUCCAAGCGCCCCUCGACUCACUCCCGAAUCGUACAGGCCAGGGCUUUGAGCGCUGCCGUACGCGCCGGCAAUUCUUUAUUGAACGCAUUCUAGGCAGUCUUGUGCCGGCUUAUCUCCUCAUAGACGUGUGCGCAACAGUCAUGACACAGGAUCCUUAUUUCAUUCUCGGUCCGAAUGAGCUGCCACUUCCUCCCGGACUGGCUGAGAUGAAUCCAUUUCUUCUCUCUCUUCGGAGGACGUCUCUGUCCUUUAUUGCCGUUCUCGUCGCUCUGCGGCUUGCCUGGGAUUUCGGUGCCGUAUUGCUAGCCUUCCUCUGCCCGCCCAUCCUGGGGUUCCGCGUUGAUCCAUGGCAUCUUCCUUCCAUGACGGGUUCGUUUACAGACGUCUUGGACCGCGGUCUGGCCGGAUUCUGGGGCACCUGGUGGCAUCAGACAUUCCGCUUCGGUUUCGCUGCGCCCACAAAUUGGUUGAUCAGAAACGGCUACAUUAGGGAGAAAUCUACAUCCGCAGCCGUGGUCGGCGCACUCGUGGCAUUUUUGCAGUCGGGUUUCAUCCACGCCAUGGGGAGUUACACCACGCUCCCCAAGACGCACUGGUGGGAACCGCCCGUCUUCUUCUUCCUAUCGGGCGUUGGCACACAGCUUCAAUCCACUGUAUCCAAGGCAUUCAAGCCACAGAUUGAUAAGAUGCCGCAAUGGGUGCGGAGGGCCGGCAACUUUCUCUUUGUGUUUGUCUGGCUGCACUUGACAUGCAAAUGGCUGGUUGACGAUUUUGGACGCUGUGGUUUAUGGCUUUGGGAGCCCGUUCCCUUUUCUAUUGUGAGAUGGCUCGGUCUGGGCCUCAAGGGCGAUUACUGGUGGCGUUGGACGAGUGAUGACACUUUUACGUGGAUAACCGGAAAGCAUUGGUGGACUACAGGUUUUGGCGUUUAG